CAAAGACACCCGUCAAUCAAAGAGUGAAGUUGAUGAGUUAGCUAAGAAAGAAUUUGAAGAAAAAUGGUGUAAAUUAUUCAAAACAAGUGGAGAGAUAAACCUAAAAGAUUCUGUGGAAUUUAAUAAAAUAAUGAAAGAUGAGGUAAUAUCACCUAAAGCUUAUAAACCAUUCACAAAAAUAAUCACAGAAUUAGUUCGAGAAAGAAAGAAACAUCCGAAGGGUACUUUUGAUAAUUUGAUGUGGAAGUUAAUAGCUAACGCUUUAUACGGUUCAACAGCUACUGGUGUUGGAGGAAAACGAAAAUUUGAUGCCCAAACAAAAACUACUAAAGUAAUGGAGGGUGGUGAAUUAACAAACCCUUUAAUUUGUGGUUACAUAACAGCUUUCGUGCGAGUAGUAAUAGGUGAAUGUUUGAAUAAUAUUAAAGAUAUGGGAGAAAAAUUGUUAAAUUUACCACUGAAUAAAACCUUCUUCUUUAGAUUGUUUAAAACCUUUAGAGAAGUGAUUUCCGAGAACCCUGAUGAGAAAGCGUUAGAAAUCAAAAAUGAAGAAGGUGGAUUAACACAGGAGGGUGGUGAAGAAAAAACAAAGGAAAUGGGUUUACUAUCUUGAACAACGAGAGGUCAAUUAGCAUUUAAUUCUGGUAUAAAAGCAGCAACUGGUUUUCAAUCAAACGAUUAUAAACUUAAUCAUUUAAAGGAAAUUUUGUUAGAUAUUUUUAAUAACGGUAAAACUAAUUAUGAAUAUAUUCAAACCAGUCUACGUUCAGCUAAAGAUAUAUUCAUUAAGGGAGGUCAUGUUGUUUUAACAAUGAGGGAUCAAACAUUUCAAUUAAAUUUUGAUAAUAAACGAAGAAUUGAUAAUCAAAACAAUUUAAAUCCAACAAACUUUUUAUUAGAUAGUUUACCUUGAGAUACAACUCGAGAUUGCCAAC